AUGAUCUGCCUAACGAUUUUGCUGGUGAAGAUUUUGUCAUCAAUUCCGACAAAAGUUGCUGUGUCUACAUGUCUUUUGGCCAAACGAUGGGGUUCUGUUUGGAAAUUGAUUCCGACGCUUGAUUAUGACGAUUCACUUAGUGCUGCGCCUUCAGGGUUUAUCAGGAAGUUUUUGCAGCUAAACAAUUCUCCGUUUUUAGAGUCUUUUCAUCUCAACCUUAGCCGAGAUUAUGCACCUGAAGAUUAUGAAACAUGGGUUAAUGUUGCGAUUGCUCGCAAUGUGCGCGUCAAGAAAGUGGCCAUUGACAAUGUUCCUUCGACAACUUGUUUUCGGUCCCUCAAGAGUUUGUCUCUUCUAGAUGUUUGGUUCUCAAGCGAUGAAACGGUCACUAGGCUUUUGUCUUGCUGCCCUAUUCUUGAAACAUUGAUUGUGCACCGAUGGGCCCGCGACAAAGUGAAGACUUUCGCAAUUUGUGUGCCAUCUUUGAAGAGCUUAACCAUCCGCCACAUAGUAGGGGGUUAUUACGAACCAAGAAAUGAUAAUGGAUUUGUGAUCAAUGCUCCUUCUUUAAAGUAUCUAAAUAUUGUUGACCAUUUGAGCCGGUUUUAUUCAUUAUUGAAUAUGCCGGAGCAAUUGAAAGCAGACAUCCACAUUAGACACUGUGAUUCUGAGAAGCUUUUGGGAAGUCUUACCUCAUCUAAAAACCUCUCCUUAUGUUUAAAACCACUAAAGGAUGCAUAUCUUCACAGUAACUUUGAUCAGCUCGUGUCUCUAGACCUAUGUGCUCCAUAG